UGAGUCAUUUGCCAUUUUGGGUUAAACUUUACAAAUUUCUCAAAUUUGACGCUGCAAGAAAAGGAGUCUCCUUAUUUCGGUCGGGGUCGGGGUCGUCUUCUUCAAGAUUAGCGGGGAGAUUUUGAAGUAAAAAGGAAAACCGGAAGCAGAAUUUCAAGCAACACAGAGAAGUGGCCAAUGGGGUGGAUCGGAGAAACUAUGGAUUCCAUCAAAUCUCUUCAGAUUCGUCAGGUUCUCUCCCAGGCCGUCAGUCUCGGCAUGAUUGUAACAUCUGCCCUCAUAAUAUGGAAGGCAUUGAUGUGCAUUACUGGUAGCGAGUCUCCUGUUGUUGUUGUUCUUUCAGGGAGUAUGGAACCUGGAUUUAAGAGGGGGGAUAUCUUAUUCUUACACAUGAGUAAGGAUCCUAUCCGUGCAGGAGAGAUUGUUGUCUUUAAUGUCGAUGGUCGUGAAAUUCCAAUUGUUCAUCGUGUAAUUAAGGUUCAUGAGCGACCAGAUACAGGAGAAGUUGAUGUUCUUACCAAAGGUGAUAAUAACUAUGGGGAUGAUAGACUUUUAUAUGCUCAAGGUCAGCUUUGGCUUCAGCGCCAUCAUAUCAUGGGAAGGGCUGUUGGAUUUUUACCUUAUGUUGGCUGGGUGACUAUUAUUAUGACCGAGAAACCGAUUAUUAAGUAUAUUCUCAUUGGAGCGUUGGGGCUUCUUGUCAUAACUUCAAAGGACUAAGAGCAAACUUAAGUAGCAAAGGUUAGGUAAACGGAAAGAUCUCCACAAGUACUUUGUAUAUUGGAUAUCCGACUUUUCUUUUGUUAGCCCUUUAACUUCCCUUAGUUCUGUUUUUGUUUACCCAUACAUUAUCAAGUAUUUCUCAUGAAAAACUAGAACUAGAAUUGUAUCGAAAACUCGGUUCGGCUUUUACAUACUUUAUUGAUCUGAUGAGCAUAUAUGUCUUGCCACCUA